GCUCCCGGAUAUAACCAGACCUUUGAAAAGGUCAAUGGAUGUCAAGCACAAAGUGGCACAUCAGAUUUGGGGCUUUAGUAAUCUUCCUUCAGUAUCUCCAAUCUAUGGAAAGUUGUAUAUGAGACCUAAACAGCCGGAUUUUGACAUCCUCAUGAACUACAAAUCUAGCAGGACAAACUUCCUAAAGCAACUUCAGCGACACAGGGAAUCUGAAAGUAAGUUGGGCUCAUGGGAAGACUCUGAGGUGGAUCGAUACCCCGAUUACUACGGAUCGGUGUCAUUAUUUAGCUGACUUGGGAAAAUGAAGCCAGAGC